AAGACAGUUAACGUUAGUAUAGUUGUCACAUAGUUGUGCAACAUUUUUUCCAAAUAUCAGUUUAUUUUUACAAUUUUCGAUAAUAUUUUCGUACUUAAUGUAAACUAAAGUAAUCAGUGAAUAAUUCGACCAAUAAAAUUCGAGUGGCAAGGAGUUCUAAAACUUGUCAAAAGUAGUUUUUUAACAAUGAUGCAUUUGAGGUUAUGUUGACCAAACAAAUUUUAUCUUUUCUGAAAUUUCUGAAUUUUAUAUUAUUUCUGAAAUCUAUAUUAUUUCUGAAAUCUGUUUUAUUUUAGAGCUGAUUAUAAUUUCCUUUGGAUAAGAUUGAAUGUAUAAAGAAUCCAUCGACCGUUACCAACAAGUUGUGGAGUGUGCGCAAAUCUUCUGAUCGUAAUAAUUGACUUUAUAUCUCGAAAGAUGACUAGUCACAAAAGGGACUUUGAUAAAACCAGUGCUGGUAAGCUUUAUUUAGCUGUCGGAAGAGAAGAUAUACAUUUAAUAACAGAAAUCUUAGAAAAAGAAGUUGAUGUUGAUAUUAACGCAAUGACUCAUUUUGGAGAAACAUCAUUGUAUUUAGCUGCUAAAAAAGGAAAUGUAGAAAUGUGUCAAAUGCUUGUAAACAAAGGAGCAGAUGUGAAUAUAGUAAAAGAUAAUUCAGGUACCCCACUUCACAUUGCAGCACGAAAGGGUCGUAAAGAAGUAGUUGAAUUUUUGCUAGAAAACGGUGCAAAAACUAAUGCUAUAGAUACUUUCAGGCAUACACCAUUGCAUUUUGCUGCUAUGGGAGGUUCUUCAGACAUUGUUAAGAUUAUUUUAAAAUUUAAUGAUAAAAUUAAGUCUAGACAUGUUGUUGAUGUUUAUAUUAAUGCUGUUACUAAUGAUGGACUUACAGCAUUGUAUUUUGCUGCCAAAAAAGGAAAUGUAGAAAUGUGUCAAAUUCUUGUAAACAAAGGAGCAGAUGUAAAUAUGGGACAUAGAAGGUUUGGUACUCCACUUCACAUUGCAGCACGAAAGGGUCGCGAAGAAAUAGUGAAACUUCUACUAGAAAACGGAGGAAAAAUUAAUGCUUUAGAUAUUGAGACUCAUAGACCAUUGCAUUCGGCAGCUAUAGGAGGUUCUUCAGACAUUGUUAAGAUUAUUUUGAAAUUUGGCUCUAAAAUUAAUUCUAGAGAUGAGAAUGGGAGAACAGCUCUCUUUUACGCUUCUGAUUAUGGAAAUGUAGAAGUUGUCAAAAUACUUUUGGAAUUUGGUUCUGAUAUUAACAUUCCAAAUUAUGAUAAACGUACACCAUUAAAUGAUGCUAUGAAAUGUUUAGAAUUCUAUAAUGAGCAUAUUAAUGAUUCUGAUUUACUUUCUGGUUGUGAAUCUGAUAGUGACAGUAGUGAAUAUAUUUCUUUAGGUCCUGAAACUCGUAUAAGAAGAUAUUUAUCGGUCAUUGAAAUUCUAAAACUUCAUGUAAUUAAAUUAAAAGCAGCGAAUUUGUUUGUAAGUAAACGAAAUUCAUUUCUAGUGAAUAGAAAUUCAGAAGAGAAAGAUUUUCAGGAUGAAUGUGAAAUUGAAGUGGCAAGUAUGAAAUGUGAAAAGAUUAGUGAUAGCAACAUAUCAUUUUACGAUGUCUUGGAAAAAAAUACAAACUCAUUAGCAAAUUUCAUGAGGAAUGGAAAUUUAGUGCAGGUUUUUGAAUCAGAGGAUUACAAAAGUCAAUUUCCGAUUUACAGCAGUAUGAUUGAACGUAAUUUUAAAAGGGGUAUGUUGAAAAAAGAUUUAAUUGAAAAAAGGAAUAAAGUUUUUUCCCUUCUUUGUGGAAAAUUUAGUCAAUUACCAGAAUACUGUAAGGAACAAAUAUUUAGCUAUCUGAGUGAUAAGGAGUUGAAAAUUUUCGUCAAAGCUUACCAGGUUCUUGACAUCAGUAAUGUUUAAUUUGUAAAAAGCGAAAGAUAUUUUUGUUAAAAAAUGGUUUUGAUUCUGUUGUAUUUCUUCUUCUUUAAAUUUUCUCAAUUGGACUAAUUUCUCAUAACAUUACAUUAAGAGCGAAACCUUCUUAUUUUGUAACGAAAAACAAUGAU